GGCCAUUGGGGGUGAAAGUUGUGAAUGAGACAGCGGCAAGUAGAGUGAAUGCUCCCUCGGAGAUGCAACCGCAGCGGUUUAUUGCAUGAAUUGAACGAUGCCCAGCCUUGGUUCGACUGACCAGGCCCUGGGCAUGGAUGUCCGAGGAUGGCACUCUUUGGGAACUAGUUUGGAGAAACAUAUGAUUGCCCCAAGAUCAGACAAUGGCGGUCGGAUAUCCGAAUCUCCCAUCUACCUAGUUUCAGGAACAGCCGCCCUCGCAUAUUCCCCCUCAAGCGAGACACACAGAGACAGAGAGAGCGUCAAUAUCCCAGCAUCCAGCCGAGUUCCCUUACUCGUGUGCGCGGACCUGCUCAACUGGGCGAUAUUCCCAGUACAACCACGGAGCUACCCCAAAAAGGGACGCGUCUCUGCGGCACCCGUACGCCCUCCUUGUGUGCAUAUUGUGAUCUCUCCCGUGUGCAAGCGAAUGCAUGAUAUGAUUUGUUUCACUCUUCUCAUUAUUCCUCACAUAAAAAGAACUAGUGUGAAUUUCGCGAUGGAUGGGACCAAUAUUGAGCCAGCUGACACUUUGUCUCUGACCCCCGGCCCCCUUAGGGAACUUGUACUUUGAUUACCGUAAGGAACGGGCUGCAGAAUGCGGCGUCUGAGUCCGUGAGCCUUUUUUUUCCCCCAAGAGACUACCACGGAG